CAUCUCCCAGCCCGAUCUCUUUCAAUGAGUAAAGGCUCUAUAUAAAUGAGCGAACUCAUUUAGUUUGGUGAGGUGUGGCACCUCAAAAAGUCACGAAAUAACGCUUGCGUUGAUGACACCGAAAUGAUGAACCGUAAGUUAUAAAAUCUUGAGCGUACAAUGAUUUAUUCAUUCAAUGUGCAUAUAAUUUUUCAGAUGCAUUCCCUCACCGCCGUUCUCUUGGCUGUGAUCAGCCUGAGCGCUUCAUGCUACGGCAAAAUUUACACGAAGUGCGCGCUUGCCAAGGAGCUGAAAUGCGUCUACGGCUUUGAGCAGAGCAGCCUCGGCGACUGGGUGUGUUUGGUACAGCACGAGAGCUCCUUCAAUACCGCGGCUGUUGGACAAAACAAGGGCAGUAAGGACUAUGGCUUGUUCCAGAUCAACGACUAUUAUUGGUGUAGUUCCGCGGGCAAAGGCAUCAACUACUGCAACAUCAAUUGUGACAAACUGAAGGACAACGAUAUUGCGGACGACGUCAAAUGCGCCAAGAGGGUGUAUUCGCGCCACCGCUUCUACGCCUGGAACGGCUGGAAGGACAACUGUCAAGGCAAAGACUUGUCCUCCUACAUCAGUGGCUGCAACCUCAGCUGCUAUUGACAGCAGCUGCCUCUAGAGCUGAUGCAUGGAUCUUCCUGCGCGAUGAUCGGCAUUUGGUUUAAUUUAAUUAACGCACUUAUUUCAUUUAUAUUAUGUGCAUUCUGCCUCUACGGCGCCUGCUCAAUGCGCUGGUUUUACAUUUUCACACUAUUUAAUCAUAUUUAUUUACCUUAAUAUUGACUGAUUUAUGAAUUGCUCUUAAAUCUCUAUAUAAAAUGUGUUUUUGCAUCAGAAUAUAAACCCUUGGUAAAA